UUUUCAGUCAGAGAGAGGACUCUGAAGGGGACAGCGUGUCUUGGAAAACCUGGGACGUGAUACAGUAUGGCUGUAACUGGGGAUGAGACAGAAACAGGCACCGCAGGUGACUUGACUGCCUGCCAGCUGCGUAACCCCAGCUCCAGCCUGCCACAGGGGGUGGCGGGGGCCAGCGCUCAUAGCUCCCACAAACCCAUAGAAGACGCCUUACAGAAGAGGGAGCUCCGCUUGAUGAAGAACAGGGAAGCCGCCCGGGAGUGCCGACGAAAGAAGAAGGAAUACGUCAAAUGCCUCGAAAAUCGCGUGGCCGUGCUCGAAAAUCAAAACAAGACUCUGAUCGAGGAGCUGAGGGCCUUAAAAGACAUCUAUCGACACAAAGUCGAGUGAGCCCUCUGACUGGAGGAGGAAGCGGGGCUGCGUGUGCGGACUGUGACAGCGUACUUCUGUGAGGGUGUCCUCAGGAUUUCGGUUCUGCUUAUGCAGACACGCACGCGCACAAACCCAUGAAUAACCACACACUCACACAAAACACUCCUUGUCCUUGCUAUUAAAUGUGUUUACAAGAUGAUGUCAGUGUUGCUGGCUCUGAAUUAUCCAUGCGCCACCACCAGCAGAAAACAAGACCCUUGCUUCAGGUCGGGGUUAUUAUAAGUCGUAUACGUCCCUUUGAACGGGGAGGCUUCCAGAGAGAGCAGGAAGAGAGAGCAGGAGCGUAUGAACCAUUUGGAGACCCACAACGCCUUAUUGGAGAUGAAGAAUCAGAUGCUGACAACAACCUCAAUAAACAAAUACUAGAUCUGUCGCUAAGCCUUUUACCUUUAUCAGCUGAACUGCACUGCAUUUUACAUUCCGUUACUAUCAUUUGUAUCAUUUGACUCUAUUUAAAUACUGUAUCCAUUGAUAACCUUUGGGGUGCCUUGCUCACUGCAAGGAAUGCGAAGCCAAAUGUUCAAAGGGAAGCAGCUCAUCAGGGCUUCGCGUAUCGACGUUUGUGUUUUAUUAUAUCCCACCUCAGAAACCCUGAUGCAAGCACUAUGACCAGCAAUUAACACCCACUGCAUUCACUUGCCAUAUUCCUUUGUCUUUCAUGUCGAGACCUACUCGGAUGUGUUGUGCAUCUGUGCGAGGACGUAUGUGCUUCUAACCUGUGGCAUUCAUUAUUUAUGAACCUGCUUUUUUUUUCUUUUCUUUUUUUUUGUAGUUUUAAAUACUGUGCAAAGUGUGUAGAAAAAGGAAGAAAGGAUUUAUCGUAAUUUGAAUAUGUGUAUAUUUAGUUAACAGAUGCAUGUUUUAACCUAACUGCUUUUUGCUUUGUCUCAGUACAAAUGGCUAAAUUUUAGAAGUUACUUGUAUAGGGAUGAUUUUGAGUGUGGUUUAUUAGGAAUUUGAUGCAGAAGCUGAGCUUUUUAACAGUUGUCUCUGUUGGGGCUUUAUUUCUCCUCUGUAACACCCUAGCUGUUGUCUUGUUGUGAUCGCACCUUAUUUACAGGUCUUACAGACAAUUUUUUGAAAUGUAUUUGCUUUAAUAAAGUUCUUGCUCUGUC